AUGAAUAAUAAUAAUAAUAAUCAUAUUUUUAACAAUAUUAAUAAUUAUAAUAUGAAUAAUAAUAAUAAUACAACAGUUGAAGAAUUACCAAAAUCAAUAAAUUUAAAAGAUUUAAUAAAACAUUUAAAAAAAGAUAUUAGGAAUGCAAAUUUAAUAGCUAAUGAAUCAAUUAUAGAAAAUUCAUUAUUAGAUAAAGAGAUUAGAGGGAAUUUAUUUCCAAUUCUUCAUAAAAUAUUAUUAAAUACACCAAAAGAAAUUGUAUCUUUAAAACCACAUUCAACAAACAAGGUAAAUAGUAAUAACAGUGGUAAUAACAGUAACAGUAAAUCAAAUUCAGUAUCACAAGGAUUUUUAUAUUUGUUUGAUAAAUCUUCAUCAAAAUUAUAUUUACAAGAUAAUAUAAAAUGGAUUAAAGCAAAGGCAAAUGUUCGUAUGGUAAUCAUUGAUGAACAACGUGGUAUUUAUAAAUUAAAAACCCACAAGAAAGAUAUUGGUGAACCAGUAUUAAGAAGACAAACAUUUAAUGGUAUUUGCGAAAAUGGUAUAUUCUGGAGAAGAUAUGAAUAUAAAUUGGUUAGAAAAGAACUAUAUAAUAAAGUAGUUUUAGAUGACAACAAUAACCAUUAUAGCUAUAAUGAAGAUAGUAACAACGGCAGUGAUGAAGAAGAUACUGAAAACUCUAUAAAUGAAAGAUUUAUAGUUCAGGAUUGGCCAAUAUUUGUACAUUAUUUAACAAAACCAUCGUCAGAAUCAAUUCCAAAUGAACAGGAUUCAGUAAAAGAAACUAUAACUAAUAAUAAUAGUAACAAAAAUAGUAAUAACAGUAGUAGUAAUACCAAUAAUAGUAAUACACAACCAACACCCAAGAAAAGAGAUUUAUCUUUAAAUAAUAUUUUUGGUUUUUUAAAAAAGAAAAAAACAGAUGACAAUAGUAAUAAUAAUAAUAAUGGGUUUUUAGAUGGAACAUCACCAAUACUACAACAACACCACAAUCACUUUUUUAAUCCAUCAACACCCAAUAUUUUUAUACCAAACUCACCAGAGCUAUCAGAUACACCAAAUUAUUUAACAGAUUAUUCAUCCAUUCACUCAAAUGUACCAAACACAAGUAAUAAUACGCCACCUAUAUCCUCAGAAAGGAGUAGCUCAAACAACAUAUUGGAUGAAAAUUACAUUUUAAAUUUUGCUGAUAAUUGGACUUUUUCAAAUUUAAGUAGUGCCAAUUUAUUCCCAGAAAUACCAAAUACAGUACAUAAUACCAUAAGUAAUGAUUUAAAUUUACAGUCAUUACACCAACAGCAAAUAUUAGCAACAACAACAACAACCACUACAUCCACAUCCUCUGGGACUGAGAGUUCAAUUAAUAUAGAAAAUUUAAACAAUAUUAAUAACGAUUUAAAUAACAAGAAUUUGAAUAGUAACAGCAUUACUAAUAAUAUAGAUAAUAACCUGAUUACUGGGAUUAAUAAUGAAAAUAAGAAUAAUGAUAUUAAUAAUGAUAAUAACAAUUUAAAUAAUGAAAACAAUAACAAUAAUACCAAUUCUAAUAGUCCAUAUAUUGUAUCAUAUUCACCAGAUACAUCACCAGCUUUAGAACAAAAUAAAAUUAUAUGUUUUGUUAGUGGUUUCAAAUGUUUUGAAAAAAAAACUAUAAUGUAUACUUCAUUUUGGGCCGUUUUUGAUGGAAACCUAGAAAUUUUAGCCUUACCCAUCUCAAAGAAUGUAUUGGAAUUUACAUCUCCAAUUUAUGGUGAAGCCUCUAUUUGUCAUUUUAACAUUGUAUGUAAAGAAAAUAGCUCCAAAAGAAUUAUAGAGCAAACUCCCUCAGUUACUUUCUGUUUUACACCCUCGGAUCUCAGUUCAAAAUUAAAAAUCUCUUUUGAUCGUUGUAAAAUUCAAACCCCAAUAGCAAUUAUCCCAAAAUUUAGACAUUCUGUAAAGCAUUUGGAUUUAUCAAAUAACUCAAUAACAAAUGUAGAUUUUUUAAAUGGAUUUUAUAGAUUAGAAACAUUAAUUUUACAUAAUAAUAAAUUAACUGAACAUAUAGUUUUUCCAAUUUUACCAACACUACAAAAUUUAGAUUUAUCAUCAAAUAAAAUAAUGUUUCCAAAACCAGGUAGCAGUAAUAAUAUAUACACUUUAUUUUGCUUCAGACUAUUUCAAUCAGCACCCUCUUUAUUGACUUUAAAUUUACAAAAUAAUGAGGCAUAUCCAUUAGCACCACAUCAUCAUUAUAAUUAUAGAAUCUAUAUUAUAUCAAAGUUUCAACAACUAAUUAAAUUAGAUGAACAAAUUGUCACUGAAGAAGAAAGAAGACAUUCCGAUAAUAUAUUUGAUUUUAAUUAA